CACACACACUUCUAGAGAGUACAGGCUCCCAUGUGAACGAUGCCCCUUUGAGAUACUCUGUUCAGAGAGAAGCAGCGUCCUGAUAGAAAACUUCUACACCAGCACAGUUCGACACACACACACACACAAAUCCAAACUCCCCCUGGGAGACAGGCUAGGAAAUUUCUCAAGCAGCCACCGGGAGAGAGGAGGAAGCCGCACCAUGCAGACCGCAUUCAGCACUCGGCUGGCUUGGUUAUGCGCACUGACCAUCUCUUUCGCCGUAUGCCCAGCGUGGUUGCAGAAGCCGCCCAAGAGGAAAGCGGUGAACGCCAAGGGCCCAGGCUGCUGCGAGGAGCUGAAGGGGCUGAAAGGCCAAGUGGCCAACCUGACCGCCUUGAUUGAGGAGCUGAGCAAGAAGCAGGACGACGAGUUGGGGAACGCCAUCCUGCAGGUGAUGGAGCUGGAAGGCAGCGUCAAGCAGAUGGACCUGCGGCUCAACGACGUGGAAGGGAAGUACUCCGAGAUGAACAACCAGCUGGGCAUCGUGCAGCUCCAGGCAGCUCAGACCGUCACGCAAACGUCCGCAGAUGCCGUGUAUGACUGCUCGUCCCUUUAUCAAAGGAACUACAGAACCUCGGGGGUCUACAGACUCCUCCCCGAUGAAUUUCUGGGGACCUCAGAACUGCAGGUAUACUGCGACAUGGAGACUGACGGUGGAGGCUGGACUGUCAUCCAGAGACGCAAAGCUGGCCUGAUCUCUUUUAGCCGGGAUUGGAAACAGUACAAGCAAGGCUUUGGGAGUAUCCAAGGCGAUUUCUGGCUGGGAAAUGAGCACAUCCAUCGGCUUGCCAUGCGCCCGACGAUGCUCCGGGUGGAGCUUGAGGACUGGAACGGCAAUGUGCGUUACGCUCAGUACAGUCACUUCAGCCUGAGCAAUGAGUUAAACAGCUACCGCCUGCUUUUGGACCACUACAGCGGCAACAUUCCCCACGACUCCCUGAGGUACCACAACAACACAGGCUUCAGCACGAAGGACAAGGACAACGACAAGUGUGUGGAUCACUGCGCGCAGUUACGCAAAGGUGGCUACUGGUACAAUUGCUGUACAGACUCCAACCUGAACGGGGUUUACUACCGCAACGGAGAUCACAACAAGAGCACGGAUGGCAUCACUUGGUACGGCUGGCACGGCAAAACCUAUUCCCUGAAGAGGGUUGAGAUGAAGAUUCGACCCUCGGACUUCAAAGCCCAGAGGGACGCCAACAAAUUUGAGUGAGGAGGCAGCGACGGCACUUAAUGGGG